AAAAUUCUUGAUCGAUUUGAAGAAUUGAAUAAACAUUCAGCAGAUUCAUUAAUUGGCAGUAGAAUUUCUAAUUACUCUGCUUCUGCCAAAAUUUUUGGAUAUGCAUUUGCUCUUUUUUAUGAUCAUAUUCAUUUGGUUCAAAUACUUUCAAUAUUUUCUAAAACUAACUCUACUUUUCACUCUUAUAUUGAUGUUUCUGUAAAAGCUAUUAAUUCGCUUUUUUAUAUUUUUGUUAAG